GGCGCAUCGGCCUUCCCUGAUGGUGUUGCCUGGUGCUGUGGUGGUGCUUUCAUCGGCACAGCUUGAAGUGCCUGUUUUUCUUCCGCUGAUUGCGCGACAGCUGGCGUGCCUUCUGAGCAACCUGUUCAGAGAUGAAGAUUGUGAGCUUCAACGUGAACGGGCUACGGCCCCGCGCCAAGGAGUUUGGCGGCCUCAAGCAGCUGCUGGACGCCCUCGAUGCUGACAUCAUCUGUCUGCAGGAGACCAAGCUGGCCCGCACUGACCUGUCUGCGGACGUUGCCGUCGCCGACGGCUACGAGUCUUUCUUUGCGUUCCCCCGGGGCAAGCACGCGCGCGGCGGCUGGUCCGGCGUGGCCACCUUCUGCCGCACCGGGGGUGGCACUUCGGGGACAAGCGCAGUGCUGCCCACUGCCGCGGAGGAGGGCUUUACGGGCGUGCAGCACCUGCGGGCCGGGGGGGCGCUGGCAGAGGGAGUUGUGGGGCAGUAUGAGGCCGUGUGGGCGGGCGAGACGGGGAGCCGGGCGCGGCUGGAGGAGCUGGACCAGGAGGGCAGGACGGUUGUAACCGACCAUGGCGCCUUCGUGCUGUUCAACAUCUACGGGCCGUGUGUUCAGCCGGGGGACGAUGAGCGCAUCGCCUUCAAGCUCGACUUUUACCGCACGUUGCAGCGUCGAUGGGAGAGUUUGUUGGCGGCGGGCCGGCGCCUGGUGGUGGUGGGCGACCUCAACAUCGCCCCCGCCGCCGUCGACAGCGUGCACGCCGGGCCGGACGUCAACGCCAGCCCGAGCCGUGUGUGGUUGCAGUCCAUGCUGCGCGCUAACGGCGGCCCCUUCACGGACACCUUCCGCACAGUGCACCCCGACCGGCGGGACGCCUACACGUGCUUCUCCACUGCCAGCGGUGCCGCGGCCUUCAACUACGGCUCGCGCAUUGACCUCAUACUCGUGGCGGGGCUCUGCCAGCACGCCGCCCAGCGCCGGCCGGCACAAGGGCAAGGGGGCAAGCAGGCGGUAGAUUGGGGUGGUCACGGGACUGGGGAAGUGGGGAUUGCAGAGGCAGAUGAGUAUAGAAGGGACUGCGUAGGCUCUACAAGCGGACAGAGGGAGGCGUUUGAAGGGGCGUUGCAGCACAUGGUUGAUACCGACGCCUCACUUGCAGGGUCGUUUGAUGUUCGCGAGGGAUCGCGAGGAGUUGCGGGGGCGGGUGGCCUGUCGGGAUCGCUGCAAGCCCACUUGUUUGAGGAGUUCCGGGAAGCGGUGCGCCGACACAGUACUGGGGCAAACGAGGCAGCGGCAGCUGACGGACUAGCGCGGUUUCGGGCUGACACAGCGGGAUGCAGCCCCCAGUCGACAGUCCAAUGUACAGAAGAGGUUAACGAGACGCAGAAGGAACAGCGGCAGACAGAGGGGUCUGUUCGGGUUGCCGGCCAGGGGCAGGACAGCCUGAAAGACGACCUACCGGCUGCUAGCGUCGAUAAACCCGUCGGGCGGCCCGAAGUGGCAUGCUGGCCGUGUUCCGCAAAAGACGGUGCGCACGGGCUGGCCGAGUGCGAGGUGGUGGGCGCGGACAUCUGCAGCGUGUUCCCCGGCUCGUCGGACCACCGCCCCGUCUUCGUAUGCCUGCGGCCGCAGCCGGAGGGGCCAUCGCACCGCGUGCCGCCGCUUUCGACGCGCUUCAUGCCCGAGCUGCGGGGCAAGCAGACGCGCAUCCUGGGUUACCUCGGCAGCCGUCCCACAGUGGGGCCCGCUGCCGCCGUUGUGGCGGCCCCACUGCCCCCCGCUCCCGGCGAUGCCAGCACCAGCAGCGGGCCUGCCGUAGACGGCGCGGCAGCAGCACGCCGGGCGGAUGCGGGCCUCGGAAAUGGGCACUCUGGAAGGACGACGGGCGGGCUGGCCGGUUGGGCGAGCAGCCGCGGGCCGGAACUUGGAAAGAAGCGGAAAGGGGCAGCCGACGGCGGCCGGCCCGCCAAGCAGCGGAGCUUGCGGGAGCUCUUUGGGGCAGCGGUCGCCCCAAAGUUGAGCGGGGCAGUCGAGCGGAGCAGCUCCUUACGGGCGACGGUAACGGCGCUCGCCGCACCGGUCAGCGUUUCAAAGGAGCGCGAGGACGACAUCGAGGAUACCUCGUCAGCGGAUGUCGAGGGGUCGUCGCGCGGUGCCUGGUCGGAGCCGCGGGCUGGCGGGGACGCUGCGGCGGGGUGGGCGGCGCUGCGGGCGCGCAUGGCGGCGCGGCACCCGGUGUGCCGGCACGGGGAGCCUGCAGUGGCGCGCGUGGUCAAGAAGGCGGGGCCCACCGUGGGGCGCACCUUCUUCUGUUGCGCCAGGGCCACCGGUCCCAGCUCCAAUCCCGAGGCACGAUGUGAUUACUUCGAGUGGGCUUUGUCGAACACCGCGAGGUCCUUGAAGCCCUCCUCUGGUCGAACGCGCUAAUCAGUAGCGUAUUGUUUCUUAAUCUGACUUGGUGAGAGUUGGCCUUGGCACGCUCUUCUAACAGGUCCUCUUGAAGACCUCGGUACGUCGGAUCCAUGGGGUCAAUCAUUGAAUUGAGAAGAAGCCAGUCACGUGACUCACCGAGUUCAUCGAAUUGAACAUCAUGGACAAUGAUAGAGCCAGGCAGCAAUUAAUGCCAGGAUCGUUUGGAAGAACAGUACGCGUUCGCACGCAAGAUCACGCAGCUAGAUAUGUAUUGUGAAUCACUAUUACUGAGUAUAUAAAUACUUGUUAACCUGGGAU